AUGCCUCCCAUUGCUUCCCUAGUCUCCGCCCAAUUCACCCAAAUCCCCGCUACGGGAAAUACUCCAAUGGUCACCUGCUCGCACUGCCAAAACAUAAAACUGCCCCGCAACAACCUGACCAGAAAGGAAGACCACCUCCGCGUAUGUCCUUCGUUUGCACUAUCCNCCNUCUCCACCCAACGAGACGCAAACGGACGCACCCUCCUCGAAGACUCGAUAGCGCGCAGGGCCGGCCGCACCAAACCCGGCAACUCCAACAAAACAGAAGAGGAAAAAGAAGUGUUGCGGCUGAGACGCUUGAGUGCUGUGUUGGCAUAUGGAAAUGUGGAUGGCGGAUUACAGGAGGGCAUUCAAGAACGCGUGGAAAGGAUUUUGAGGGGGGAGAGUGCCAUGUUGGGCGCUAGAGGGAUAGACAGAUUGGGGUCUGAGAUCAGGAGAGCCAUUCCCAGCAGCAGCAGCUACCAGCAACGGCCUUCCAAUUUCGAAGAUGGGAAUGAGGGUGCUGCAGCAGUGGGUGGUGACGGACUAAGUGCUUUUGGAUCCCCAGAGUUUGAGACUCCUAGUGCGGGAGCAGCGGCGGCGAAUCAUCAAACCAUGGCUGCAUUGCUGGAAUCGGCGACCAGAGGAGCAAGUACUGGAUUGCCUGCUUCUUCGUCGAUGGACAAUUCGAGAAAGAGACCGCUGCCUACUGAUCUUGAUGGCACUCCUUCGCACAAUAGGAUGGCGAGCAAUAAACGCUUCAAGCAUGCUGAGUUGUAUCUCGAUGAGGAUGAUUUGUUGUUUGUAGGUUCUGCUCACACACCUAGGGAAGAGAGGUUUGCUGCAUUGGUGGAGAGGCUUGCUAGAUUAGUUCGCUUGAGGGAUAUGCGAUGA